AUAUAUAUAUAUAUAAGGCCUUUCAGCAUUUUUACCUUCAUUUUGUCAUCUCCAAGAUCUGGAAACCUUAGUACAUCCUUCUUUAGCUAUUUUGCUUCUCGAAUGAAAAUUUCGCCUUAAAGUAAUUUAUAGUUUGAAGUGUUCUACCAUCACUCGAGGAUGAGUCGGAAGCAAGUCGAGUUUCCUACGCUCAAAGAUGUGCUCAAAGAUGUGCCAGAAGACAUAAUAUUUUCUCUGUUUCCAGUUAACAGUUGGAGUGAUGACAUCCUAGAUAAUGCAGAAGGAUAUACAAUACCCCAAUUGUCUGAUGCCGAGAUAGACAAUCUCUUGUUGGAACUUAAGAAUAGUAUUUUAACUAAGAAAACUACGGGGUAUGAGAGUCGAAUGAUUGUUGCAGCUUCUUGUUAUCUCAGAAAACCUAACACUAGAAACUCGUUGUUACUUACAGAGAGAGUGUUUGGAGAGGAGAACUUAGACUGGAAACCUACACUAAGUCCUGCAAGAGCCAGUGGAAGCACGAGAGAAGAUAUUAGAGGCAAAGGAUCUGUUAAAACUCAAGUCUUAGAAAACAGAGAGAGUCUCUCACCAAGUGAUCGGUCUUUCGGUUUGUUCAUAGCAAGUUUUCUCUAUAAGGCCAUGGUGAAAGCCCCUGAAAAUGUAAGAAAUACCUGGGAAGCCUGUCAUCGGACAUACUCAAAAUUCUUUGAGGGAGAACUGCCUAAGAAGUGGGUAAGUCCUUCAGUAGAAUGGCUGGAGAAUAUCAAAAACCAAUUUAGCUUUGAUAGGAAAUCUACAAACACAGCAAUAAAGAUUGUGGUCAGAGUUGAGCGUGACUACAAUGAAGCUGACACUCCAGAAGCAGAAAUGAUUCGAUAUCUCUUUAGUCUUCCACUUUCCUACUCGGGGAUGCAUGCUUAUAAACUGUUUUGUGAUGUCAAAGACAAAACCAAGCAAGAGAAUGAGUGGCUGUUGUCUAUACUUCUUCAUCCGUUAACCAAAAAUGCCCUAUUGGAGAUUAGGGCGAUACUGAAUAACUGGGAGUUAAGGCCAGGGAGAACUAACACAGCAGUCAGAUAUGCUAGAAUAUUGGGACCGCAGUAUUUUCCUGCUCUACAGACCAAGAAUUGUCUUGCCUUAGUGUACUGUUUGGCCCAAAUUCUUCUCCACUAUGAGUCAACAAGUGAAUAUUCUGACCCGACAAAGAUAGUUGGAUUGGAUAAAUUGAGUGAUAAGCUCAAGGCAACAAUGAAAGGAGCAGCUGGUGCUAUAGUCAAUGAGGCUCGUAUUAGGAACAAGGGAGCAUAAUCUGAUGUGAUGUCUAAAGCUUUCACCGAAAGACCUGAGAAAAAUAAAGUUACUGUUCAAGAACCCAAAAGCAGAGUCCCGUUGGAACAAGUAUUAUAAAAGGAAUAAUUGAUAUGUUUCCAUGUAAGUAUUGUAAUGAGUGUGUAAGUUUAUUACUAUUCUAUAUUGUAAUGAGUGUGUAAGUUUAUUACUAUUUUAUAUUACUAGUAUAUGUACCCGCGUGAGCGGAUUGUAUCAAAGGAAAAAGAGCAGAGAAAGGUAAUCGGUAAAAACAUGUAUAUAUGAAUCAUGUUUGACGUA